AAUCUCUUGCUAGGUUUUAUUUUAUAACAAUUCAAGUGUUGAUGUUCAUGGGGGAAGGGGGUUGAAGGAGUUAUGACCCUUGCACAGAAGAAUAUUAAUGGGAUUAAUAUUGGAUGUCUCAUUGCAUCUACAAUUCCGGUACUAAAACCUAAUUUUAAAUCAAAUCUAAAAUAGGACAUAUCUGUAUUUUGAUUGUGGAGGAAAAAUAAAAUGAUGCCAAUCUCAUUGGUUCAAUUAUCUUGUUGUCCUUAAACUUUCUUUCGUUGGAAAUGUAUUCCUUUGCAUACACCUACAAUGUACGUCUGGCAUGAUAGGAUAUUUUGAUUGAGAUACUCCGCCAUUUUGAGAAUUAUUGGAGAACAGAGUUGUAUGUAUCCUAAAUCAACGUAAAUAUACUGUUUUGUCCACGUCUCGCAUAAAAAACUCGGCGGCAGUUGCAAUUAAACGUCUCAUGACUAAUGCACAUGAUUAAUAACCAAACAAUGACGAAUAAACCAAUGCUAGAAACAUAACCCUACAUUCCUAUGCUACUAUAGUAUUAUUGCCUAUGAUUACGUUAAUGCCUGAUUGCGCCAUAAACUGCAAACACAUUUGUCCACAGUUGUAAUUACUUGGUAUAAGAAAGUUCCAGAUACCUUUGCUUAAAACCUGUAACGGACAUACCUAUGCGUUCUGUGGCGUAGGUAAUCGCACGUUAUGAUAAAAUCUUUUUCACACGACGGUCUGCGGUUUCCAUGGAGACGGAGGAGCCUGGUGACGGUGGCAGAGAGAAGGACCCUUUGCAAACGUCUGUCUAUCAUGGACAAUGACCGUCAGUCACCUACCACACCUCCAUUACGAAGCAGAUGAGUAGGUUCACCAGCAGGUUACUUGCACACCACAUAGCAGCUCAACGGGCAGAUUCAGGACACUUACCAGAGCUAGUGGGUUCUCAAUUAUAUGCAACAGAAGGCACCUCUGAAGUAUGGGCCUGGGGCCCUGAUCUCAUUUAAUUUCAAGUCAGUCUAUUUACACCCGUUGCACAUAAUUUUUGCUCUGGGAUCAUUAAUUGUUUCAUCCGCUAUUACUUUACUGCAUCUUCGUACAGGAUAUUGUUUUAUACGUUUUAGUCUCUGUUCAUGGAUAGUGUAGGUAGGCCUUUUUACAGGCCAUUUUCUAUUGGGUUUACUGCUAUUGUAUUUUUAUUGUAAGAAAUUGAAUUGUUGUAUUGCGCUUCUGGGUGCCUCAAUUUCCUUAGGGCUUAAUUAAUUUAUCUAGCUAUUACGUUAUCGAACUAACUAAUUCCACGCCCAUCAAUAACUAACGACCAAUGGGAAGCAGCAAGGCGGAUCCUUCUAUUUGGUCAUCGAGUCUGGUCUAGUCCCGUUUAUCACUGCCCUUCGCCAUUUUGAGUGAAUCGUCGACCUACAUAUUGAACUCAGAGAAAGCGUCGAUUUCCGUGACAAUUCCCCUCGUAUCCAGCGUUUCGAUUUUAACCAUACGAUAACUCGAGACAUAGCAAAUGUCUCGAGAUAGAUUCAAUAGGAAUCGCGGCGGAGGAAUGAACAACUUUCAGCAACGCAGGGGUGGCGGCCCCGGUGGACCAAUGCGAGGAGGACUGAUGGGGAACCCACAUUUCAGGAAUCACCCUUUCGAGAACCAGAACCGAGGCGGACCCAUGAUGAGUAACAACUUCAAUAAGCCGCCGAACGGUAACCAGGGACUACAGACCCCUCCGCAGAAGCCACAGUCCACUCCGAUCAUCCCUCCUCCGUCACCAGGCCCGGCUCUCAUGAUGAAAGGCCCGAUACAACAGCAGAAGGAGCAACAACAACAACAAAAGGACCAAGAGCAAAAGGAGCAACAACCACAACACCAGAAGGAGCAGCCACAACAGAAGGUUCCCACUAACGUGACCCCCGUACCCCAACCGAAGAUCUCGUCGCCUCCUCCGAAACCGAACAUUUCAUCCCCUCCACCCAAGCCAAAUAUUUCGUCGCCUCCACCGAAACCGAACCUCUCUUCGCCCCCACCCACACAGGCCAAUAGAAAUCUGAACCAGCACCAGCACCCGAAACCUCAGAUGAACAGUUAUAAUGGCCAGCAGCAAAGGCAGAUGAGCCACCAAGGCCACAAGCAGUCUCCACAGAUGAACAGACCCAGGCCCCAGCAGCAGGUGCACAAGGAAGAUAGUGGACCAGAAGGUGGACACCCCACGGAACUCAAAGCAACUUUAUCGUUGCUUCUCAAACCCGGUGAGAAGACCUACACGCAGCGAUGCCGUCUGUUCAUUGGUAACCUGCCCAACGAUAUCAGCGAUGAGGAGUUCAAGAAACUGUUUUUCAAGUAUGGAGAGCCAAGCGAAGUCUUUAUUAACAAGAACAAAGGCUUUGGAUUCAUUCGAUUGGAGUCGAGAGCGCUUGCAGAGAUUGCUAAAGCCGAACUGGACGACACGCCCAUGAAAGGCAGGCCACUGCGUGUGCGAUUCGCCACACACUCUGCGGCCCUCUCGAUCAAAAACCUUUCGCCCUUCGUCUCCAAUGAGCUCCUGGAAGAGGCCUUCUCACAGUUUGGGAUGGUGGAGAGGGCAGUCGUCAUUGUCGACGACCGCGGCCGUUCCUCAGGCAAGGGCCUUGUCGAGUUCGCCUCGAAACCCGCUGCCAGGAAGGCCCUUGACCGCUGCAACGAGGGCGUUUUCCUGCUCACAACUUCGCCGCGGCCAGUGGUUGUCGAGCCCCUGGAACAGUACGAUGACGAAGAUGGCCUCCCAGAGAAGCUGGCCCAGAAGAACCCCAGAUACCAAAAGGAGCGAGAGGAGCCACCCCGCUUCGCCCGGCCGGGGACCUUUGAGUUUGAGUACUCCAAGCGCUGGAAGUCCCUGGACGAGAUGGAGAAGCAGCAGAGGCAGCAAGUGGACAAGAACAUGCGUGAGGCCCGCGAGAAGCUGGAGAGUGAGAUGGAAGAUGCCUUCCAUGAGCACCAGGCUAACCUCCUCCGCCAAGACCUGCUGAGGAGACAGGAGGAGCUCCGGCGGAUGGAGGAGAUGCACAGCCAGGAGAUGCUCAAGAGGAAGGAGAUGCAGAUCAGGCAGGAGGAGGAACGUCGCCGGCGAGAGGAGGAGAUGAUCCAUAAGAGGGAGGUGGAGGAGCAGAUGAGGCGCCAGCGUGAGGAGAAGUACAGGGGCAUGGGCAACUUCAUGGAAAGCAGGGAACGCGAUAUGAGAAUGAAUCAAGGUGGAGCCAUGGGCCUGGCUGACAUGCCUUUUGGCACUCCAAACCAGAAGUUCCCCAUGGGUGGACUGGGCUUUGAGGGACAGCAGGGUGGGAUUGGAGGACCCUCUCCUGGAGGCAUGAUGCCCAACGAAAUGCGCAAUGAGCGCUUCCCCCAGGGAGGUCCAAGGGGGAUGGGUCCUGGUAACCCUGGGUUUGGUAGGGGCCGCGAAGAGUUUGAUGGACCUGCCAAGAAGCCACGCUUUUAAACGCUGGCCCUGGCAGCCAUUUUGCCAGCAGCGGGAGCCCUUUUUGUGUAGUUCCUCUUAGGGCAAACCUUGUUGAGUCAUAAAUGUUGUAUUUAUGUUUCCUAGUGUUUGUGCAUUUUUAGCACAGCAAGUUAUUUAUUAUCACCUAAUAUAUUUUUUCAUUAUUUUAAUUUGGAGUAGUAGUAGUAGGGACCAUGUAACUGUGGUCCGUGGUUGGUACCUAUCCGACCCAUAUAUCAUUUAUUUCCUUCUACACUUGUAUCAUGCUUUGUGAGUGGUCGUGACGUAAAAAUUGUAACAUUUUCUCACCUUUCUAUCUAUGGCUGUAUUCUUUUGCCAUACAUUUGAAGUUAAAGCAUGUGAUACAAUAAAGACAAAAAUUGGUUCCAGCACAGGGAAAAAAAAUAUUUAAAAAUAUAUAUUUUUAAACCAGAUAAAAUGUCCCACAUAAGCUAUCCAUAUCCACUCAUUUCUAAUUCUUAAAAUGACAGGUUCGGCACAAGUCCAAAAAGAGUUCUGAUGCGAGUUCCUGAUCAAAAUUUAAUUUCUCUUAAAAUAGUUGAUCCUAGUAUUGACGCUAGGUAAGUUACAUAGCGAGGCUAUGAUCUGAACUGAAUACUUUUUUUCAAUUUCUGUUGACUAGCACAGGUCUAGUUAGAUCAUUGCAGCUAGUCGACAUGUUAUAUAUUUUGUAGUGUUUGCAAUUAAAAUUUCUCAUUUCCAUUUUAGGGUCCCGUCUAUAUAAAACCAUGACCCGUUGUUCAGGAGAUUAAGAUAUCUCAAUGGAAGUUAAUUGAGAAAUGGCAUUUAAUUAUUGAUCUUAAAGGUUGGGUAUGGAAUUCGCUUUUUUGGCCAUUUUUGAAAAAUUACUUGAAAUCCUUAUCAUAACCCACUUACAGCCACUGAGUUAGAAGUACUGACAUGAAAAUUAAACAAGUCAAUCAUCUGUGGAAUGGGCAGGGCUCUAAAAACUCCAACCAAUGAUUUCCAGAGCCACCGAGUUGCAUUGGACAGUAAGUACGUCAAUCAAACGGUCGUACUGCACUCCCCCUCCCGCGACCCCUUCGUGCAGUACUCGUGACCCAGAGCUCGUGACCCAGAGCAAGCUCCUGUUUGUUGUUAUCCUGCGGUAGCUAAUGGAACUAGUUAAUCCACAUUUGGACCUAGCAGUAGAUGACAAUUUCCAUGGCAGACAAGACGCCACCAUCCCCAUGUUUUUUUUUAAUGUUGCCAUGUUGUUUAACGAAAACCUACGCUAGCCUGGCUCGCUCUCGCGCAUCUGUGUUCGCGCUCGUGCAUGAUUGCGCGUCCAGGUACUUGGAAUGGGUGGAGUCAGAGUCAGCGUUGAAGGAGAGGGGGUAGGACCAUUUGAGUUGUGUAUUUUCAAAAUCUGCUGACGUUUCGCAAAUCCCAUACCCAACCUUUAACUAUUUGAGGUGUAUCCUCUUCGAUAGGUACCUGUGCACGUCCCUUAUAAAAUAAUAUACUAAAUCAGACAUGUUCCAAAUAUCUAUAAAAAGAAAUUAUUUUGUCAGCAGAAUCUGCAAUUCUUUUGGCUGAUAUUCAUAGAUUUCUCCCUGGAACAACUUUGUAUCUAUCAAACUUCCUUUGGUACUCUUAUCUGGAGUUGCUAAAUGUGAAAUGUAUACUAGAACCAAAUGCCAAUUAUUAACUAUAAUUGAGACUUGAAGACACUGGUGCAUUCAUGUUGAAAUGUCUAAAUUUUAGAUAAUUUUGGGGAAUCUUAACAUAAAUGUCAAAACGAUCAUCAUCUUGCAACAAUUGUAAAAAGCUGCGGCUUUUCCUUGGGCAAUUCAAUAUUGUUGGUGUGUAAUUCAAUGUUUCAGCCUUGCUUGAAAGAAGGCAAACCUCACAAUGUGAAUCAUCUAUACAGCUUCAUAGGGAAGAAGCAGAGGUGCUUAAGUGAACUGCCUUAGACAAGAAAGACAUUGUUACAUUUGACUCUCAAUCAAACCAAGUGAUGACAUAUUUGCCGUCAUGUUAGAAUAGGACAACCCUUAUGCCCUUCACAAGUCUGAAUAAAUGUAUUGAACUUUAUCAUUGAGCGUCGAAUGCUUGUUUGUGUUGCUCUGGUUAACACCCUCAAGUGAGUGUUUGAGUAAUUGUUCUAUUUUACUUGAGACUAACUGCAUCCAUGUGGGAGCCUUGCUUCAGGCAAUUAGAUCUGAUUACACCAUUAUUAUUGGUGGGAACGAUUGUGGGGGUCAAAAAGCACUGCAAAAGUAUUUGAUCAAUCAGUUGUAAGAACAUUGGCUUUGAUGCCAGCUUACUUUUGAGGUGAUUUACGAAUUUCUGUGACAUAUCAAGAGCGAUGUUUGCCACAGCUGUGUAGUUUCGAUUUUCUUAAAAGCUGCUAUUCAUCUGUAGCUUACUCUUUCUUUACAACUUUGUGAAGUGAAUUCAAGUCUUGUGUUACUGAAGACUUGCACCAAGACUUUAUAUUAGAGCAUUGUGGUCAUGCCCAAUCAGCUGUUGGGGAGGAAGUUUGCUUACUUAUGGCAAGACUUGUAGGAAACACCAGACCCGAGUUGGGUUGUUAAAAAACUGAUAAUUAUUAAACGCCUAAAUUAUUUCAUAAUAAGAUCAUGAGCACUAAUUCCCUUUUUUUAUAUAUUAUUAUUAUUGAGGUCAAAUGGCAGAACUAUUUAUCCAAACAUACAUUUAAGUUAGGAUAUUAUGUAAAAUAUAUGUAUUUUAAUACCAUACCAUAAAAUCGUAUUUAUUGCACACUUCUUCUGAUAGAACUAUGGUAUAUUUUUAUAUGGUAUGCAGAAUUAAUUAAUAAACACGCCAUUUUGAGAAUGAUACUUUACUAAAUAAAAUGUCACUGAAAAUUUUCGCUUUUGCUCCAUGGCAUCAAAUAUUUCCUCCCAAUAGUUGACAUUAUUCAAGAUCCAACCAAUUAAAACUUUUUAUUAUUCAUUAUCAUUUCCAAAUUGUCCUUUCGGUGGUUACAUAUAUCGCAUGAAACUAAAAUACGGAUUUUAACAUUUUAAGAUCUUGAAGAAAAUAUUCAUAUUGAGAAAUAAAAGGAUUUUAACAAGAGCAUAUUUGGGCAAAUAUGACCAACCUUUUGCCUUGAUAGGCUUUAGAAUCUGGAUAAGAUGUACAAUCCUUUGUGUAAAACAGAAAUGGACCAUGGAGGAUGACAAAUAUCAAAAAUACUCUUAAUCCAGAUAAAAAAUAAGAAAUUGCUUAAAUAUAUCUUUACGUUUCAUGUUAUGUCUGUUUUGGUGUCAUGUACAUUCUUUUUUUUUUGACAGGUUUGAUCAUCAUAAAAGAUUGGAAUAUCAAAAGCGAGUUUCAAAACCAAGAAGUCCUAAUUGCUACAUUUUGCUACUCCUUUUAGAAAGAAGAAUUGAGGAAAGCUGUGAGCAGUGUUUGGUUAAUGGAUAUCCCCAAAGACCCACAGGGCAAAGUCAUAUAUUUUACGUUUACCAAAUACUUUUUAGGGGAUAAAAGCUGUACCGCAGCUCGAUGUAGUGUUUUGAGAGAUGCAAACACUUUGCUGACAUUAUUAUGUUGCUUUACCUUUUUAACAGUAAUAUACUUUACAUUAUCGCACCAUAUUCAAGACAUUUCCCACAUCCUAAUAUAUACAUUUUUUACAAAUAGCAUUAGUGAGUUUAGGGGGCCAGACGAUUUAUACUAAAUCCUACCUUUUUAUGUUAAUUAUCUCAGUAUUCCUAAAAUGUCAACAUAUGUAAUGCUAUUAGGGAUACAGGAGAUCAAGAAACAACAGGAACAUUUUUAGUCCUACUUUUCAGAUAUUCAGAAGAGCUUCAGUAGGCAGAAACUAGUGGCAGCCAGAUCCAUUUUAUUUCCAAACUACAGUAAUCUCUUACUGCUGAGAAAAGAACAAUGUGUGUUUGUGUGUUUGUGCGAGUGCGUCCUACAUGUUUGUGGGGAUCAUGCGGGGUAUGUUGGAUAGCCGCAGUCAGCCAGCUGACAGACAGGCUGCCCCACUCCAGGGUUGAGGCCCCCCGGCUUUUGGGUUGCGUUGCGGAGGGGUACUUCAGCAGAAGUUAGUGGACAGUAGAGCCUGGACUUGUUUGCACUGCAGCCAGAGGUAUGCUAACACAGAUCAGCUGAACAAGUUGAAGGUAAGUGUCCAUCCAUGUUAAAGAUAUGAUUUCAAAGAUCCCCCUUCUCCCCUUUCACCCUACAACACUACUUAACUGCCCUCUCUCUUUCUGUCUUUCUCUCUCUUUCUUUGUGAAGUACUCUGGUCACUCUGCAAAGUGACCUAUACAGGGCUUCUGGCAUCACACUUGAGAAGAAUGGCAUCACAGUGCAGAUCUCUUUUGUCUCUCUCUCACUUUAAUUGUGUGUAACUUUGGCAAUGGUUUACUGUUUCCUUGUGCAAGUGUGUGAGUGUUGUGGUGGUAGUUCAGCAAUGGUGAUUGAGCUACAGGCUUGUAUGGUGGAUGGCUCGGUCACUGGCUCAUGUAAGGUUGGCAACGACAGUGGUCCUUGGAUUCACUCCUGUAUCUCCAUCGAGUCAAGUAUCAAAAUGGCUCCAGCGGGACUGGGAAAGCAAGCGGUUUGGUAAAGGGCUGGGAUCGAAGGGUGAGUUGAACUAUCAACUUUUCUGAGGGGGUUGUUGUUGGGUGGGCUGCUGUACUUUUUUUUUUUUUUUUUUACCCAAUGUCUCACCCGGAUCUGGGCUCUGCCCCCUUUCCUCAAGCUCUGUAAUGUGUGUAUGUGUGUUUGUGUGUAUGUGUGUAUGUGUGUUUGUGUGUUGGGGACGGAAGGGUGAGUGGGCAACAUUGGUUCUCCCCCAAUACUUCACUCAAAGGAUAUCCAAUAACUCAAGCCACACCUCAAAAAACCUAGCGAAUGAACUGAUAGAUGCCAAAAGAUCUGAGGCAAAUUUCAUGGAUGACUUAAAUUGUAUCGCCGAAUUUACGGUAGAGGAAAUCUAUACGGACAAGGAUUUCCUCAUUUUAUUCUGUAACCCCCGCAACCCCUCCAGUCUAACGAUACUAGUGUGGAAAUCUGUAGAUCUUCGUGUACAUAAUUGUCUGACAAGUCUUUAUCCAUCCACGAAUGAGGUGAUGGGGAUUUGGCAUAUAGCCUACUGACCAAGGUCUUCGCAUUUGAAGUAUUACAAAUUAGGUGUUGGUUUUGACAUCCUUUUUAUCACAUGUGCAAAAUUACAACUUGGUGCCAAAGCUCUUGCCGACGAGAACGAAACGAAAAAUCUUUGAGAUUGCCCAACAAGUAUUUGCGCAAUAAAAUGCCAUUUGUCGUUAAACGUUAGCAUUAGAUAAAAUUAAGAUCUUUGUUGGUAUGUUCUAGUAUUUGAUUAACUUUUUUUUUACCCAAAUAAAUAGAAAUUGGGUUUGUUCCGUAAGAGCCAGUCACUUCCGAUCAAUCAAUCCAUGUAAAUAUGGAUCAGUAUUGGCAAAGGUGGACAAGUGAUUGGUUACAGGGCAGUGUCAAGUUCAAACUGGGAACCAUCCUUGACCGAUGUAGUGAAAUGGCUAUUAUGUUUAUUUAAACACAGUAAGCUUGUGAUAACAUUCACAAUGUAUCUUAAUGCUCUCUAUCCUCUUAUUCAAACCUUUUGAUGCAAUUCCAUUGUAGGAAUCAUUGUUCAGGCAAAUGGCUGGAAUUUAAAGGAGGGACAGCAAGAAUUCACUAACACAGAAUUGUGAAUCCUUCUGGACCUCUUCUAUAAACAUAGACUAGUGAGAUUCAGGGGUGGGAGGGUCCUUCUACGGUAGUCUCUGCUGCGUUGGUGUGUAUGUGUGCCUGUGUUGCCAUGUGUGUGCCUAGUUGUGAAAUGAUGAGCUCCAAGGUGCAUGUGUAGUGCCUUCUCUCUGUUUAGUCUGCACUGAGCCAAAUCUACCAGUCUUCGCUAUUUAUUUUUCGUGUCAUGCCAGUGACCAGCCAGACA